AUGGAUCCAAUUAUACGAAUUUUUAAAGAUGACAACAUUGACGAAUUCAAAAGUUGGCUUGAGUUGAGAGAUACCAAUCAUGAUAUCAUUAUAGAAGAAACUAUUAAUGAUAUUCCUGGUCAAUAUCCAUUAGACUUAGUAAUUACAAAAUACCACGCAGCGGAGUGUCUUAAAUAUUACGAAAGGUCGCCAAAAGGGAGUGGAUUUACGUCUCUUCAUCUCGCAUUUAAAGAUAAUUGGCAACAAGGCAUUGAAAUUUUAUUUAAAUACAAGCACUUAUUAUAUACGUUUGAUAAAAGCAAGAAAUCUCCCUUGGCAUAUUUUGCAGAUCAGCAAAAUAUCGAAACAAUUCCUUUAGUUAUAAAAUUAAUCACCAAACAUGAUUGUAAGAAUGCUUUAAAGCAUGUUCAUGGUCGAGAUAUGACAUUUGUUCAAUAUUGUAUUGCAAAUAAACUUGAUUUAAUGACAAAUGCACUUUCAGCAUUUAUUGAAGCGGGAUUAAUAGAAGAAAAAAGCUUUUUAGAACUUUCAUUUUCUAAGUCAUCAGAUCCAUCGCUUUCAAAACUAUUUCGAGAAACAGCAAAAUAUAGUUUAGAGUACAAAUUAAAACUAUGGAUGCAACCUGAUUGUUAUAAGUCAAACAGAUUUUCUCCAACAUACUUGGUCGGAAAAAAUGUCGAACAAAUCCAAGCACACUUAAAUAAUCUGAUUUACCUUUCUAACAUGCUUAGAACUGAUAUGAAACCACUUCCAAGCAACGUUUCUGAGGACAAAAUCAUAGAUCAUUUACUGCAAUUUGAAGCUGGCGAGCAAAGAUUUUUAAAUUAUUACAUAAAUUCAGACUAUUUGAAAAUAAUUUACGAGGAUGUAAAGGUUAACUCGAUUCCUUAUGAAAAUGAUACAUUUAUUAUACCAAAUAACAAUAUUGAUUUUUGGUAUCGUUUCGGAUUCAUUUUUGGUCUCGUUUGUGUAUCAGGAUCUUAUCUAGAAUUUCCUUAUAAGCUUUCUCCUUUAUUUUAUGACAAAAUUGUAAAUAAAAAUACCAAACUUGACUCGGGCACAUUAAUUGACUACAUUAAAGGCACAGAUCCGAAAUUGUAUUCGAAAUACUUAAAAUCAAAGCAAACUGAAUUUUUCAAAAAAGUGAAUGAAGUAAAUCCAAGCGGCGAUGUAAUACCGCAGGAAAACUUUAUGGAAGAUUUCAUACAUGAAAAUAUACCCCCUGAAAUAAUUUCUUCCCAAAAAUUCAUCUUAGAUUCUCUCGGAUCUUUCGCACAAGGCUUUCUAAAAUUUAAAGAUAGUAUUAGCACUGUUACUGAACGAGGGAGAAUUGCUUUUAAGAUGCUGGAAAUCAUAGAAAAAAAUAAAUUGAAUCAAAUUCCAAUGAUUUGGUUUGAAGGAUUGAAAAUACAGAACUUUUAUACCAUGGAUGAUAACUUUAAUGAUAAAAGCAGCGAAAGUAUCUUUGAAAUUUAUAAAGAUCUUUAUGAAAUCCAUUUUGUAUGCGAAAAAGGAGAUAAAAUUCAAUCAUAUAAUUUCGCAGCCAAUAAAAAGGCUAUUGAAUAUAAUUCAUUAAGUAGCAUUGAAAGUAUUCAUAAAAUUCUUCUUUCAUAUGGAGGAAUUCACAAAUGUUUGCCCCUUGCACAGAACAUUAUUAAAUUCAUGUUUAUUCUUACUAAUUCGCGACGUCAAAAUAUAUUUAAGGCCAUCAAAGGAACAGAUAUGAUCUUAAUGUACAAUCCAAGUGAUAAUAUAAUUCCUAUCAAGCAUCAUCCAAUAACAUCUAUAGAUCCUCAGACAUUUUAUGAAGAAUAUGAGAUUUUGUUCUAA